GAUAGAUGUAUGUCGGAGUGAGAUUUGCCCAGUCAUUCAGCGAGGCAGAGAAAUCACAGUUCAGGCGAGGUUAGACCCUAUACAGCAUCUCUAGACACAAGUCGGCAAGAUAUCUAACACAUUACUGAUCGAAUGUAACCAGGCCGAGGAAAAUGGUCCUAGUUGGAGAAUUCUACCAAGGCUCGGAACUGCUGAAGCCAUUGUGUGAUGUCAUCGGACUUCCAAUUGACCAGAUCAAUUUCCUCGCCAGUUUCAUUAUAGCUUUUUCCAGUGGGAUAUUGAUGCGGAAGAUAGUCCCUGCAGGCAGGCAGAGAAUAACACAACGUCAUGUCCUCGAGUUAUCGUUAGGCCUUGCUUUAGGCUAUUUCUGCUUCGGAUACCAGCUGAUUCACUUGGUAUUAUACACGACGUUGCCUUAUCUGCUGGUGCUGUUCGGACCCAGACAAUAUUUCCAUACUCUCGUCUUCGCUGUUGCCUUUGUGUACAUUGUGAUAAUUCAUGCCUAUCGACUGUACUACGACUACGGAGGCUUCUCCUUAGAUGUCACCGGACCCAUGAUGCUGAUGACACAAAAAGUGACAAGUGUAGCCUUCUCCUUACACGACGGAAUGGAGGUCCCGGAUGAUAAACUGUCAGAGGACCAACGGAAAAACUGUAUCAGACAGAAGCCGUCCUUCCUGGAGUAUUACAGCUAUAUGUUUUCAUUCCACAACAUCAUGGCCGGGCCUCUCGUAUUCUAUACAGACUACCUCAGUUUUAUAGACGGGUCCAGUACUCAAGUCCAGCCACCGAAGCAGGAUAAUAAUCACAAUAGCAAGUCCCGUGAACCAUCACCAAAUACAGCCAUGGUGGAAACCUCCCUGAUUGCAAUAGUCUAUGGAAUAUUAAUGCUUCUCACUCCGGUCUACGCUCCUGUUUUCAGGAUGGCAGAUGACUCAUUUUUGUACGAAACAAACAUUCUCUACCGAAACAUUUACAUGAUCUUAGCAAUUACUUUACACCGAUCAAAAUACUAUUUUGCCUGGAAAUUAGGUGAACUGUCCAAUCUUGGAGCAGGACUCGGAUUUAGAGGAUACGACGAUGAAGGCAAGGAAAAAUGGGAUUUGCUGACAAAUAUAAAAAUAUGGCAGCUAGAGACUUCUAAUAGUUUGAAAGUGUUCAUAGACUCGUGGAAUUUAAAUACUGUGAUCUGGUUCCGGCGUGUGAUUUAUGAUCGAACCCCUCCUUCCGUCAACACUCUUGCUGUAUUUGUAUGUAGUGGUCUCUGGCAUGGACUUUAUCCCGGAUAUUACGUCACUUUCUUCUCCACAGCUUUCGCCGUAAUGGCCGCCAGACUGGUUCGAAGAAAUAUCCGUCAUCAUUUCCAGACAUCAGAUGCAAUGAAGUUUUUCUACGAUUGUGUAACAUUUAUAGCCACGAAAAUAGCAGGAGCCUAUCUACUAGCACCUUUCUGUUUACUGGAGUUUACAGCUGGCAUAAAACUAAUGAUGUCCGUGGGAUUUCAUAUACAUAUCUUAUCAGCAGUUGGGUUUAUAUACUUCACAUUCAUCAAUCCAUCUAAGAAGAAAAGAGGAUGAAGACUUAACCGUAUUUAGAUUGCUACUCCUGUGCUUCAUUUUAUAUGAAUAUUUUUGCAUGCGACAUUGAACAAAUAAAUGUGUAAGUGUAACGAAGGGUGUGUAUAUGUGAGGUAGGUACGUACGUGUGAGGUAGGUACGUACGUGUGAGGUAGGUACGUACGAGGGAGGUAGGUACGUAUGUGUGAGGAAGGUACGUACGUGUGAGGUUAGGUGUGUAUAUGUGAGGUAGGUGCUUACGUGUGAGGUAGGUGUGUACGUGUGAGGUAGGUGUGAGGUAGGUACGUACGUGUGUGAUUAUGACGCGUAUAUUUAAUGAUAGUUUUUAAUAUUUAAUGAGUAAAAAUUACGUCUUAAAACA